AUGCGUGGACUCGAUGAAAGUACCGACGUGUUAAUUCGCGUCGGACAGACGGCAAGCGAAAAGGUCAAAGAUGGCCUGGGCGCCUUUGUCAAUUUUGCAGCGCGGGAUAACGUUCUUGAAGUCGCGCUUGGUUUGAUCAUCGGUAAUGCCUUCACUAAAGUGGUGACCUCCUUCGUGUCGGAUGUCGUUCUGCCGGUCGUCUCUCUUCUGCCGUUCUUGAAUAAGAACAUGGAUCAGAAAUUCGCGGUCUUGUCAAAGGGACCGAACUAUAUACAUGGCCAAGGCUACAAUACGGUUAAGCAGGCUAGGGACGAUGGGGCUCUUGUCCUCGCAUGGGGUCUUUUCAUUGAAACGAUCCUCAACUUCAUGGGAGUCAGCCUUACGUUAUUCGCAGUCGCUCACUUAUACAUGGCCGUCUCACACAACAAAAUCAUCAAGCCCACCAUAAGAUGCAGGUACUGCAAAAAGUUCAUUAGCGUCGAGGCAAAACGUUGUCUUAACUGCUCAAGCUGGCAGGAUGGAAGAGAAGACUUGCCCGGGGAGCAGGACCAUGACGAUGAUAGUACUCUUACCGGCGAUAGAGCGUAG